GUUAAUAUGCAUCUGCCUCCGAAUGUUAAUGUGUCUAGGUGAUGUCAGUGGGAGCCGCGAGGGAGUGCGAGAGCACCGGGCAGGGAGGCGGCAGAGGCUGCCGGGCUGCCGAGGAAGACACCCCUCCGGCCUGCGGGGCUCGCGCUCCAGGUCCAGGCAGCCAAGGGCGCUGGUGGCUGCCGCAGCCUGCGUGGGUGGACCGGAGCUCAACUCUGGGGGCGCAGGCGACCUCGGGCUGCAUGGACCUGCAAGCCGUGCUGCUGCCCACCGGCCCCAAUGCCAGCAACACCUCCGAUGGCUGGGACAACCUCACCUCCCCCGGGUCUCCUCCACACACAGGAAGCGUCUCCUACAUCAAUAUCAUCAUGCCUUCCGUGUUUGGCACCAUCUGCCUCCUGGGCAUUGUGGGGAACUCCACGGUCAUCUUCGCAGUUGUGAAGAAGUCUAAGCUGCACUGGUGCAACAACGUCCCUGACAUCUUCAUCAUCAACCUCUCCGUAGUGGACCUGCUCUUCCUCCUGGGCAUGCCCUUCAUGAUCCACCAGCUCAUGGGCAAUGGGGUCUGGCACUUCGGGGAGACCAUGUGCACCCUCAUCACGGCCAUGGAUGCCAACAGUCAGUUCACCAGCACCUACAUCCUCACUGCAAUGGCCAUUGACCGCUACCUGGCCACUGUGCACCCCAUCUCUUCUACCAAGUUCAGGAAGCCCUCUGUGGCCACCCUAGUCAUCUGCCUCCUGUGGGCCCUCUCCUUUGUCAGCAUCACCCCUGUGUGGCUCUAUGCCAGGCUCAUCCCCUUCCCGGGGGGCACCGUGGGCUGCGGCAUCCGCCUGCCCAACCCAGACACUGACCUCUACUGGUUCACGCUGUACCAGUUUUUUCUGGCCUUUGCCCUGCCUUUCGUGGUCAUCACUGCUGCCUACGUGAGGAUCCUGCAGCGCAUGACCACCUCAGUGGCCCCCGCCUCCCAACGCAGCAUCCGGCUGCGGACAAAGCGGGUGACCCGCACGGCCAUCGCCAUCUGCUUGGUCUUCUUCGUGUGCUGGGCGCCCUAUUACGUGCUGCAGCUGACCCAGCUGUCCAUCAGCCGCCCAACCCUCACCUUCGUCUACCUGUACAAUGCUGCCAUCAGCUUGGGCUAUGCCAACAGCUGCCUCAACCCCUUUGUGUACAUCGUGCUGUGUGAGACCUUCCGCAAACGCCUCGUCCUAUCUGUGAAGCCCGCGGCCCAGGGGCAGCUUCGCGCCAUCAGCAAUGCUCCGACAGGUGAUGAGGAGAGGACAGAAAGCAAAGGCACUUGACCUAGCCCAUGUCACCCGGACAUCUCCAGGUCAGGUCACCACAGCACGUCACAGGGACAGACGCUGAGAAUGAACCAGGGCUGCCAUGGGAGAAGGCAGGGAGGCUGGGGGUGAAGGUUGUGGUGACUGUCCAUUCCACAGGAUCCAUGACAGCUGGGAGCCAGUGUGGGGGGCUACAGACACCAGAAACCUGCUUGAGGAACAGCAAGAGGCUCUGCCAAACAAGAAGCUGAGCAGGAAGAAAAUGUUGGUUGGAACAUCCUGCUGAGCCCUGUUAUUUGUUAGCUCCCAAAUGUCUUUUUCCCAGGGGGAGAAGUGGGUUUGUGGGGGUCCUGGAGAGGUCUGGAAACGUGGUGUGGCCCAGCUGCUCUUCCAAUCUCUCAUCACUGUGCUAGGAGGCAGCCUUUCUCCCAAGCUGGUGGCUGAGGAUCAGGGAAGCCUGCUGGCACUGUGGGGGUCUCCUGUCUCUCCAGGGGAUGUACACAUGUGCUGGAAGGGAGCUCUGACC